AUGUCGGAAAAACAGGGACAGUUGAAGGACAAGUGCAAUGGGUGUAAGAAAAGUCAGGAUGAGGGCAUCACUCUCCUGCGAUGCGGUCGGUGCAAGUCUGCCAAGUAUUGCAGUACGACCUGCCAGAAGAAUAACUGGUACCUCCACAAGGACGUCUGCCGCGCCAGGGGCGCGCUGGCUGAGGGCAAAAAAUGGUACGACCCAUUUCGAAAGUGUAGAGAUGGGACUUCGCACUUCGGCGACCUAGAGCUCAUCACCUGGGGCGAUACCACGUAUGACGAGGGUGACGAUGAUCAUAAGAUGGGCUGGGGAAACUGCUUUAUAAAUGAAUCGCUACAGCUAAAGCGAAAGUACGAGGAGGAAUUCGGGUCCGACGAUAUUUCUAUGUACGGAUAUUGGCCUCAGGGCUUUCGCUGGACAUGCUGUGGUAUGGUAGGAGACCAGCGUGAAGGGUGCGAUCAUCAUGGCUCAGGGCCAGACCCAUGCCAAUGCGACUUCUGUCACAUGGGCCGACCGCUACCUGACGUUAUUUAUAAUAUGAACACUCUAGAGCGUCAAGGGUUGAAUCUUCCUCGUGGACCUGAUCCCCGGUCCUAUAACCACAGGAAGGCGAAGUCGGCAAGGAUAAUGCGGCCUGCCUUUGGAAUGCCGGAAUAA